AGAGGAGCUGGCUGCCCCGCCCUCCGCGCUUCCUCCAGUUUUGUGACGGGGAUGGGGGUGGCGAGGCUCUCUAGCUUUCCGCAGGCUGGCGCCGGCUGCAGCAUGCCUCAGUUAAGUUUCGCUUCCCGUUUCGGCUGCUGCAGCGGCGGGGAAUCAAAACUCAGGCGCGUGUAUUGGCGCUACCCAGCUCUGCCCCCUAGCAGAGCCAGCAGCAGCAAGAGCAAGCGUUGUCCUCGCCGGCUCGUGGAAACUGAAGGGAAGUGGAGUUCGGAAGCGCCGAGCUCCGUCGCUCGCACACAGUUGAUGGGCCAGGGAGUGGGACGGCCAGAGAGAAUCAAGAGCGUCAGGCUGGAAGAGUAUCAAACCAUGACGGCUGAGGAGAAAGAGGAGGAGGCGGCGGAGAGUAUCGAGGAUGCUGCAGAGAAGCGCAAGCAGAAGCUGAAAGCCAUCUGUGGACUGGCCGACUUAAAGAACGAAGCUGUUGGCCUGUACAAUAUUGGAUUCAGCUGUUGCCUCAACUCCUUGCUUCAGGUUUUCUUCAUGAACAGACACUUCACUGCAAUACUCCGGAGGAUUAAAGUGCCGUUUGAAGCUGCGGAACAGAAACGGAGCGUCCCUUACCAAAUGCUCUUGCUCUUGGAGGCGAUGCAGCGGAGCAAACACAGAUCAGUGCACCCCGUGGGUCUUGCCAAUUGCCUUGCAAAGCAUAAAGUCAGAUUGUUUGUUCUCUAUGAUGCUUCUCAACUCUUUCUGAUCCUCUGGAACCUAAUUAAGAGCCAAAUCACAGACUUAGAUCUGGCUGAAAGUUUGACAGAUAUGUACACCAUCAACUUGCAAGAGAAUUUGGUGUGUCAGAAAUGCUUGCUGGAGACGAAGAACAGCAGCAGCAUGCUGAUGCUCCCCCUCCCCAUGUUCAAUCACGAUUCUCGUCGGGUCAGGACCUUGGAAGAUUCCUUGCGCUGCUUCUUUGCACCAGAAUUCCUGACAGAGGACAACAUGUGUCACUGCAAGCGGUGUGACAAGAAAACUGUGUGUCUGCAGGGCAUGAAAGUAACCUGUCUCCCUCGAAUCUUGACAUUGCACCUGAAACGUUUCUGUUCCAAGCACGGCAACAGCACUCAGAAGAUCAGUCAUUACUUGUCCUUCCCUCAGCAUCUCGAUUUCAGUCAGAUUCUGACGCCAGACCAAUAUCAGCCAGGCUUUCCGAAGGAGGAUAGUGGCCUGUAUGAUCUCUUUGCAGUUGUCGCCCACUCAGGAUCAGCCAGCUGUGGCCACUACUGCGCCUACAUUUGGCAUCUCAUGAAACGCAAGUGGUAUUGCUUCAACGACUCCAGCGUCUGUCAGGUGUCUUGGGAUGAUGUCAUGUGUACCUAUGGCCAUGCGGGUCUCCGCUGGAGUGAAACUGCCUAUCUUCUGGUUUAUCAGAAAAAAGAGUCUGCCUGAUCUACAUGGUUUUCUCCAUGCACUGAUAACUUUGAAUGGUUCAGGUGUGACUACGCUCAGGAGGAGAUGGAGAUGGCAUACGGAGCACCUCUCCCUGCAGACCGUCUCGGGACAGCUGUGCCAUCUUGGUUUCCAGAGGGCCUUCUUUAAAGCUGAAGCAGUCGCUUCCUCUGCAGGACCAAGAACAAGAUGUAGCAGUUCAGGAAAGGGGGCUCUUACGUCUUCUCUGAACACUACCUUUCGGCAUUUUCUUAGGGUGCUUCUGCAGUACAACUUCAAAUGGGUUUUAUGCUGAUUGACAGUUACAAGGUUCUCACUAGGAGAAGCCUAGUAGUUCCGGUCUGGGGAGAAUUCUGUUAAGAGGUCUAUCCCUUCACAGAAUUGGACUCCAGGAUUUCCUUGAAAAGGGUAAUGGGAUAAAAACCAGUUUAUCGGGAGGAUAGAUCUGCCCUCAGUUUCAGCAUCCGAUCUCUGCCAACACAGACUCCCGACCAGCCUCUUUAUAAAAUGGCUCCUACUGUUCGAGCCUCAACAGGCACCCAGUGCGAAGAGCCCCCGUGUAACUGAAUGGAACAAGGAACCCAAAGGUUGCGCCCUACUCAUGAAUGUCAAAGCCGUUGCUAUUAUUGGGCAUCCAAUGUCAUCUUUCCAUACACUGCUCCAGGAAGGUAGUGUUAUUUUUAUCUGGCCCUCCAUUGCCUUUAAGGGUGGAAAGCACUAUGUAUGAUCAGUGAGUACAGAUAGCUGAGCAUACAAUGGUUCAGUUCUAACUUAUCAGUGUCAUAUGUGCUCAUUAUUUAUUACCUACUAAGAUGUAUGAAAUUGGUGUGAUCUUGUUAUUAUUGUUAUCAGUAUGAGUGGCAUGGAGAAGACAGUAUUUUAUUUAAUAUAAAAUAUCGCCUGAGAAAUAAAAUGGUAACUUAUGAAAGCAA